GCCCAAUCCUCACGAUGAACUCCUCUAGCCACCCCAGACCAUCACCAUCGGAGUUCGACCGCAAGCAAGGCGUCGGCUACCAAGGUACAGAGACCAUCCGCAGCGACGCUGACAAGCGCGGCCGCGGGCCCCUCAAAUUUUCGCCCGAGAAUGUGGCGGGCGUAGGGACUGCGGCAAGCACGAAGACUGCUGCCGCAGGGGCAGAUCGCCCCGAUGAUGUUGAAUGCGACGGCACGUCUGGCCUUCCAGGGAUGACUGGAGCAGUCUAA